AGUUCAGUGCAGGUCACAUUUGAAGAGAGUCCUCAGUUGCCACCAGCCGCAAAUAUAAGUCGGGUGACGUGCAAGGAGCAGUCGGACCACCGCAUGGUGCUACACUGCCAUCUGUCAGCUGAAGUUGUGAAGUUCCCCGUUUCUGUUACUCAGCAGUCCCCAGCCGCCGUUUCUGUGGACACCUACCAUGUCACUUUGGCUGCACUGCAGACUCAGGUGGAGAUCCACUUGGAGGAGAUACAGAACGAAGGUCUCCUAGUGUCGUGGAUGUUCGAGGGCAGACCGAACUUAAACCUUUCGGUUCUUCCAAGACUUCAGCCUCGUGAGAAGAAAGAAGGGAGAGCGGAUUUGUCCACCAUAAAGGAUCUGGUCGAAGAUACCAUUGUCAGCACGCAGCCGGCCAUGAUGGUGAAUCUGAAGGCCUGCACCGCUGGAGCCGGUGCGGUACUCGGCAAUAAGUUGACUCGAGAGUCCCCAUCCAGAGCAGCAGCAGCCCCUCUGUCUUCUAAGCUGUUGCUCCGGAAUCUUCGAGUGCUGAACUUGGGCUGCCAGGGGAAGAGAGGAAUCGGGGAGAUACGCUGCGUGGCAGAGCUGGACAGCCCCCUGCAGCAGAAACGGAGGAGUACAGCCGACAGUGCCGGUGCCGUGGCAGAGAUGGAGUGGAAUGAGGAGCUCUUUCUGGAGUUGGGGCCUAGAAGCAAAGAGCUAAAGCUACAGGUGCUGGGGAGCAGUGAUGGAGGGGCAAAUGUGCUCCUGGCACAUACCACGCUUUCACUUGAUUCUUUGGGCAAACAAGUGUCUGGGAGACAGGUCUGCUCGCUGGCCCCGGGAGCGGGAAAGUCAAUGGCGGCAGAACCUACCAUUAUGCUUGAGCUGCUGUUCCAAGAGUCUCCUGCAUCUCUGAAUGCUCAGCAUGCCACAUCUCUGCGAACCAGCAUCACCCCCACUAAGAAGGUCGAGAUGGACCGGACCAUCAUGCCCGACGGCACCAUCGUGACCACCGUCACCACGAUUCAGUCCCGGCCCAAGGCGGACUGCAAACUGGAUUCGCCAUCGAGGUCACCUUCCAAGGUGGAAGUGACUGAAAAGAAGACAACGGUGCUUUUGGAGAGCGGCUGCCUUCACGGCCCCUUGCCCGGCAGUAGCGGGGAUAGCCACCUGCCUAACGGCUUGGAUCCGGUGGCUGAGACGGCGAUCAGGCAGCUAACCGAGACGAAUAACAAGCCUGCCAAGAAGACUCCAACAAAGCGUAGCACGCUGAUCAUCUCGGGAGUUUCCAAGGUGCCUAUCGCUCAAGAUGAAAUGGCGCUUUCCCUGGGUUACGCCGCAUCCCUGGAGGCCACGGCGUACGGGGAUUCCGCGGCAGAGGGCGCAACUGACCGGAUGUGCGAUUCUGCCCAGUCGUCGCAGCUGCCAGAGGCGUCGCCGUCAGGACAGAGGGCCAGUCAGGAGCUGGACGACGCAACGCGAUCGGACAUCUCUGAGAGACCGUCGGUGGAAGACGUUGAGUCUGAAACUGGCUCCACGGGAGCCUUGGAGACCAGGAGCUUGAAAGAUCACAAAGUUAGCUUUCUUCGGAGUGGUACCAAGCUCAUUUUCCGGCGAAGAAGCAAGCAGAAGGAAGUGGGCCUGAGCCAGUCCCACGAUGACUUGUCCAACGUCACUGCCAACUCAGCUGCCAGGAAAAAAGCCGGCAGCUUCUCCCGACGCCUCAUCAAACGCUUCUCCUUCAAGUCUAAAUCCAAACCCAAGGCUAGCGACGGCAUGACAGCAGGUGAAAACUGA